CUGUCCAGUGGGGAGAGGUGCCAUGUAUCCAUCAGAAUGGAGACAUCACAGGCUACUCAGUCCAGUAUGGAGUGAUGGGGAGUGGGAACACAGAGACUAUGACUGUCUCAGGAGCUAGUACCACUCAGACCACCAUCACUGGUCUCAAUCCCUCCACUACCUACUCCAUUAGAGUUGCAGCAGUCAACAACCAACUCAUUGGAACAUACAGUAGUUCAGAGGAUGAAUUGACUGAAGUUGCUGUCCCAGUUCUGAUGUCAGACUCCACAACAGCCACCUCCAUCUCCCUCUCCUGGACCAGUGCUGGCUCAGAGGGAGUCAUGUAUGAGGUGGAGUGGCGAGAGAAACACCUCAGUAGGCUGUACUGAUGAGGACACAGGCAGUACCACUAUCACUGGAGGUUCCAUGACUAGCUACAAUAUCACUGGACUAGAGGAAGACAGUAGGUACAUCGUAAAUAUGACAGCUUACAAUCCUCUUGGAAAUGAAAGAAGUGAGCCAGUCACUGCAAUGACAAUGAUUGCUGCUCCAUCUGCCCCUCCGUCUCCUGUGAGUGCAAUGGUGGAGAGCUCAACUAGUAUCACUGUCCAGUGGGGAGAGGUACCAUGUAUCCAUCAGAAUGGAGACAUCACAGGAUACUCAGUCGAGUAUGGAGUGAUGGGGAGUGGGAACACAGAGACUAUGACUGUCUCAGGAGCUAGUACCACUCAGACC